UCUCCACCCGCCCUUUCCUCCUCUCGAGCCGCGCAAAUCGACUAGUCCUUUUCCCUUGGGCUCCACUUCGUCACCACCUCAACCCACCGCUUCCCGCCCGCAACAUGUCCACCCUCAAGCGCAAGGCCGGCGCCGAGGCCGGUGCGGAGCCGAAGAAGGCCAAGCAGGGGAGCAUCAUGACCUUCUUUGGCACCCCCAAGCCGUCAUCCACAGCAGCCGACGGCACCGCCGCGUCCGAACCCGCGCCCGUCAAGUUCGACAAGGCGAAAUGGGUUGCCUCGCUCACCCCGGAGCAGCGAAAGCUGCUCCAGCUCGAGAUCGACACCCUGCACGAGAGCUGGCUGGCCCUGCUCAAGGACGAGCUCAUCACCAAGGAGUUCCUCGACCUCAAGAGGUUCCUCGAGCGCGAGGCGGCCGCGGGAAAGAAGGUGUUCCCUCCCAAGGAAGACAUCUAUAGCUGGUCCCGCCAUACCCCCUUCUCCACCGUCAAGGUCGUCAUCCUCGGCCAAGACCCGUACCACAACUACAACCAGGCCCACGGGCUGGCCUUCUCGGUCCGGCCGCCCACUCCGGCCCCGCCGUCGCUCCAGAACAUGUACAUCGCGCUCAAGAACGACUACCCUUCCUUCACGCCGCCGCCGCACCGGGGCGGCCUGCUGACGCCCUGGGCGGACCGGGGCGUGCUGAUGCUCAACACGUGCCUGACGGUGCGCGCGCACGAGGCCAACAGCCACUCGAACCGCGGCUGGGAGCGCUUCACGCAAAAGUGCAUCGACCUCGUCGCCGCCCGCCGCUCCCGCGGCGUCGUCUUCAUGGCCUGGGGCACCCCCGCCGGCAAGCGCGUCCUCCGCGUCGACACCAAGCGCCACCUCGUCCUCAAGAGCGUCCACCCUUCCCCGCUGUCGGCCGCCAAGGGCUUCUUCACCUGCGGCCACUUCCGCGCCGCAAACGACUGGCUCGCCCAGCGCUACGGCGAGGACGGCCGGGUCGACUGGGCGCUCGUCGAGGGGGACAGCGUGCUGCGGGAGCCGGGGAAGCCGAGCGGCGGGGUUGAGCAGAAGGAAGAAGGGGCGGAUGAGAAGCAGGAGGAGGAGAAGGAGCAGGGAGAGAGCGGAAAGUUAGAGGGGGACGCGACGGUCAGGGAUUCCGAGGGCAACAAAGAGGCGAGCAAGCAGACGGUCGUGGAGAAGAAGGAGGGCGUCGAGGCCGCUGAUGGGGACGAGAAUACUGCGCCCGAGGUCCCAGCCUGAAACUCCCCAGGCCUGGCUCUCAAAAGCGGUGUCGCCCCUUUUGUUUUCCCCGUCUCUUCUUUCUCUUUAUCUCUCUUUCUCUCUCUCUCUACCUCUCUCCCCCUCUCUCCCCCCCCCUCCCCCUCCCUUUCUCUGUCGUUCUCCUCUUGUUCAUGCCGACCGCCUAGAGGCUCACUGCGACCAGAGACCGCCAUCACCCUGGU